AGAGCUCACUGAGGCACUCAGCUCCAAUAACCCAACCCAACUCAAACCCAUAACAAUCACCAUAACUAACAAACAAAACAUACGCACGCUUUCAUUAGUAGGGUUUAUGCUUUUUAGUUACGCUUAUCCCUCUCUCUCUUCUCGCCAUAGUUAUAUUUAAGAUUUUAAGUUAGGACCGCGGACCAUUCCGUUUCCGUGAACCACCGUAACAGAAAAACCGAAAGCGGUUAUAGAGAGAGAAAGUACUGAAGCAUACUCUCUCUCUUUCUAGAGAGAGAAGUAGUUGUGAUCGAAAGCAAUGGAUACUUACGCGGUGCAUUUGGCCAUGGCAGCACUCGUCGGAGCUUCCGUCGUGGCUAUGUCGGCGUACUAUAUGCACCGCAAGACGCUGUCGCAGCUGCUGGAGUUUGCCAAGACGGUGGAGAAGGAAGUGGCUGCUGGCGGCGGAGUGGAAGGAGGCGAUGAGUCGCCGAUGCAUUUGAAGAAGAGGCGCGGUGGUGCGAGAAGGAAGAGAGGCGGAGGUUAUCGGUGGAGCUCGGCGUCGCUGCCGGACGUGGCGACGGUCUCCGGCGGCGGACUGGAUGGAGAGGAGAAGCGGAACGGAGCGUUUCAUGUUGAGGGGAUUCCGGCGGGGCUGCCGCGACUGCAGACUCUCCGCGAAGGAAAAUCAGCACAGUCUGGUUCCUUUAAGAGAAGUCUUUUAAGACCAACUUCUCCCAAAUCUCCUGUUGUAAGUGCUAGCGCUUUUGAAAGUGUAGACGGAUCAGAUGAUGAUGAUGAUAAUUUGGGAGACAGUGUUAAACUUGAUACAACAUAUCUGCAUACAAAUGGAAAUGUUGGGCCAGAAGGUAAAAACCCAUAUGAGUCUUUACCUGAUCAUGUUAAUGCCAAUGGAGAGCAAAUGGCAAUUGCACCUUCAAGUAUGAUCAGAUCACAUAGCGUUUCUGGUGAUCUGCAUGGUGUGCAGCCUGAUCCAAUAGCAGCUGACAUCCUGAGGAAGGAACCAGAGCAAGAAGUUUUUGCACGACUGAAAAUCACUCCGCUUGAGUCCCCAUCACCUGAUGAAGUUGAAGCCUAUGUGGUUCUUCAAGAAUGCCUUGAAAUGAGAAAAAGAUAUGUUUUUAAAGAAGAUGUUGCUCCAUGGGAGAAAGAAGUUAUAUCCGAUCCUUGCACCCCAAAGCCUAACCCAGACCCAUUCUUUUACACCCUUGAAGGAAAGUCUGACCAUUACUUUGAAAUGCAAGAUGGGGUUAUUCAUGUAUAUCCAGAUAGAGACGCCAAAGAUGAGCUUUUUCCUGUUGCCAAUGCAACUACAUUUUUCACUGAUCUUCAUCAAAUACUUCGAGUCAUAGCAGCAGGGAAUAUCAGAACUUUAUGCCAUCAUCGGCUUAAUCUUCUAGAACAAAAAUUCAAUCUUCAUUUGAUGCUAAAUGCUGAUAGGGAAUUUCUCGCUCAGAAAAGUGCUCCACAUCGAGACUUCUAUAAUGUUAGGAAAGUUGAUACACAUGUCCAUCACUCAGCAUGCAUGAAUCAGAAACAUCUUUUAAGGUUCAUAAAAUCAAAGCUGAGGAAAGAGCCUGAUGAGGUUGUAAUAUUUAGAGAUGGGACAUAUCUGACCUUGAAAGAAGUUUUUGAGAGUCUGGACUUAACUGGAUAUGACCUCAAUGUUGACCUUUUGGACGUUCACGCAGACAAGAGUACAUUUCAUCGUUUUGACAAGUUCAAUCUUAAAUACAAUCCUUGUGGUCAAAGUAGGCUCAGGGAGAUAUUUCUAAAGCAGGAUAAUCUCAUUCAAGGUCGUUUCCUUGGUGAGUUGACAAAGCAAGUGUUUUCUGAUCUCGCUGCCAGUAAAUAUCAGAUGGCUGAAUAUAGAAUAUCAAUAUAUGGUAGGAAGCAAAGUGAAUGGGACCAAUUAGCUAGUUGGAUAGUGAAUAAUGAUUUGUACAGCGAGAAUGUUGUUUGGUUAAUUCAGCUUCCAAGGUUGUACAAUGUGUACAAAGAAAUGGGAAUUGUUACCUCAUUCCAGAACAUGCUUGACAAUAUCUUUAUUCCUCUCUUUGAGGUUACUGUUGAUCCUGAUUCCCAUCCUCAGCUUCAUGUUUUCUUAAAACAGGUGGUUGGGUUGGAUUUGGUGGAUGAUGAAAGCAAACCCGAAAGACGGCCAACAAAACACAUGCCCACACCUGCUCAAUGGACUAAUGUAUUCAACCCAGCAUUUUCAUACUAUGCGUAUUACUGUUAUGCUAAUCUUUACACCUUAAACAAGCUUCGGGAAUCAAAAGGAAUGACAACAAUCAAAUUCCGUCCACAUUCUGGAGAGGCUGGGGAUAUUGAUCAUCUUGCUGCAACCUUUCUUACGGCCCAUAACAUUGCACAUGGAAUCAAUUUGAGAAAAUCUCCUGUACUUCAAUAUUUGUAUUAUUUAGCCCAGAUUGGAUUGGCAAUGUCUCCCCUGAGCAAUAACUCCCUAUUCUUAGAUUACCACAGGAACCCUUUUCCAAUGUUCUUCUUACGAGGUUUGAAUGUUUCACUUUCUACUGAUGAUCCACUCCAAAUUCAUUUAACAAAGGAACCAUUGGUUGAAGAGUACAGUAUAGCUGCUUCCGUUUGGAAGUUGAGCUCAUGUGAUUUAUGUGAAAUUGCCCGCAAUUCAGUUUAUCAGUCAGGCUUCUCGCAUGCCUUAAAGUCACACUGGAUUGGUAAGGAAUAUUACAAGAGGGGGCCAAACGGAAAUGACAUUCACAAAACUAAUGUUCCUCACAUCCGGUUGGAAUUCCGCGACACGAUAUGGAGAGAGGAGAUGCAACAGGUUUAUUUGGGAAAAGCCAUUAUUCCCGUAGAAAUUGACAAAUAAUAUGCCAGAGGCAUGUAUUGAUGCAUACUUGAACAAGUGGAGGUAGAGAUUGAAUUCUGCAAAUUCGUCCAGCGAUCAAAGAUACCACUCAGGCUGAAGAUAUUAGUAGCUGAAGCAGAUACAUAAUUUGUAAUUUACAUGACCACCGAGCUUGAGCAUGGAUCAAGGACUACACUGCUACAUGUCAACAUGGCUUGGGGAACGUGUUCUCUUGUAUUCACAUGGGCUACAAGCCUACAAGUAAAACGGGUAGUGUUAGCAAUAACUGCAAGCUUUGGGCAAAUGAUGAUGCCUGUUGCUGCUGUAAAUAUAUAACUUUACGACCUUCAGAGGGAAGAGAGAUUCUCUCUCAAAAUUUUGACUCUCUUUUUGUCCAUAUAGUAUCCCCUCCCUUGGUUGAUAAAAACUGGGAGCCUGUCACUUUUGGCAUACAUAUUUGAUAAUGCCAUGCAAUAUUUCAAUGCCUGAGCUAGAUAGAGGGUGAGAGUUGAGGUUUAUACUAUUUAUACCAUAAAUAAAAUGAACUUCAUUGAAAUCCCAAUAUUGAAGGUUGGGAUGGAAUUGGAAGCA